AUGGUCGGCAACAUGGUACCUUUUCGAACUUUCUUUUUCAUUACUUCCAUGGUCGUGCCUUGUGGCACGGCAGCACUACUAUUGAAAUGGUUCGUCAGUAGAGAAUGUUCCCACUGGUGCCCCUUCUUCCAUGGUACUAUAAUUCCUAUUCUUCCCUGAAUUCCUUUUUUGGUCUAUCUACAUUCCAGGAAAUCUAACGCUCCAUGGACAGAGCAAAAAAGUGGAGUGUUGGUCAGAGCAAGCCGCCCUAUUCUAUUACCAAAUAUAAUUGGGAGAGCAUCCGCUAGAAUGCUUUAUUUCGUUUCGUUCGUUCUUCAUUUCCUUCUUCUCGAAUCCAUGGGGGACUUGUCAUAUUUAGAAUCUUUCUGGGGCCUGCUCUGUUUACAAUUCUUUCGUACUCUCUUCUCUUUACCCCGUGAUAGGUCAUCGAAGCGUGAGCGGGCGCGGAGAAGGAAAGGCCAAACACUUCGGCCUACCGGGAAUGAGCAACGACGAAAUGACAAGAUGAGGUGCCCGGGCACCCAUAUAGAAAGAAGGGUCGAAGGUUUUGGGCCUGUAGUUCCCGCCCCCCCUUCGUCGAGUGGUGCUUGUUUGGGGGGUGUGGCGCCAGAAAUCGGGCUUGAAGCUCUCGCCUUACCAACGAGCCGACUGCUGAUGGCUGUUGGUCACGACUACUACAAAAAAGUGAAGAUGAAUCUUCCUAUUUUACAUGGAGGAGUGUGCAUCUUUAUGUUGGGUGUUCUUCUGUCGUGCGACCGUGCUUAUGUGCGACCUGUGGCCACGCCUCUAUUUGUUCAGGGCGGCGGCGUGAACUCUGAUUCGAUCGCGGUAAUGCAAUCCGCCGCUGAGAUGCUCAGUGACUCCUUAACCUUGAUAGGAAGAUGGCUUAUUCUCAAAAUUCGUGCAUAA